AUGUUUAAGAUUUCUGUAUCACCCGACAGCCGUAACACCUCCUGGGUAUCCUUCGAUGGUCGCAAUCGACAAGAACUCUUCCAUGGAGAUAGUUUAAGAGUGACCACCUCCAUUUAUCCGGUGCCCAGUAUAUGUGCUCAAGAUCAAAUAUCCGAUUGGUUUGAUUCGUUGGCCGAAUGUUUGCACUGGAAUGUGCGCAAAAAGCAAAAGUGUUUAGAUGAACUGUCGGACUUGACCGCUUCAGGUUCGGAGGAUACUCUAGAUGAGCUGGAAAGAGGCUCCGAUUCUUUGUUAGAUAGUUAAACAAAAACACAAUAAUAAACAUAAUUGUUAAACAAUUAAAUUUAAACAAAAGAAAAAAAACACUAUUAUAAUCAUAAAAUACAUAAAAUUUCAUUAAAACAACUACAAUAUGUUUAAGGCAAACAUUUAAAAACAAAAAUAUAUAUAGAAAACAAGCUGCAAUACUAAAUAAGCUUCAGUUGGUGUUAAUAGGUAUAAAAUAAAUUAAAUUAAUUAAAACUAAACUAAAAAGCUUAAAUUACUAAUAAAUGAAAAAAAGCUUAUAAAAACAAAGAAAAAGAAAUCGUCUUAACUGUAAUUGGUCUUAGAAAGCAAUGAUGUAUUAUGUUAGAGAAUAGCGUUAAAUUGUAAUAAUGUUUAAUUGUUGCCAAUUAGAAAUAUUUAAACAGAAAACAUUUGUAAUGAAAGUGUAAACGAUAAAAAAUGAACAAACAUUAUUAGUAAAAUCUUUACAGCUCAAAUUUGUUUUUUUUUUUUGCUUAAUUUUUUUUUUGUUACAAACUGUUUUAAACAUUUUGUGUUUAGUUUAAUUUAUUACUAUUUAAUUUAAAAAAAAUCUAACUAAUUAUUGUUUAAUGGGUUUUUUUGUUACAACACACACGCCCUCUAAGAAAUAGGCAAAAUAAAAUAUGAAAGACAUAAAAGAAAUUUUGUUUAAAAAUUA